AGCGAAGCGAAACUCAAGCGUUGCUUCUCAGAAAUUGAAUCUCCAACUAGCAAAAUCCAACACUACCAUCACCUAAAAUUUCAUGGUAGAUAGAUGGGAAUCUGGGAGACAGUCGCAUCGUAAAAGCUAGAACAGGGGACGCCGUCAACGCGCAUCCGCUUCGCGUUUUCAAAAAUCUUAGCUCGGCUGUCAUUCGACUGGAUCCGCCGCGUACGGCGUCCAUUUCCUGGAAACAUCUGACGGCCACGGCCUUAUUUAGUCGUCCCCCCUUUCCUCCGACUCCAAUUCCAACAGCUGAUUGCUCGGAUGGCGCAGCGGAGGGCACCGGUGGAGUUCGAGGACUUCCUUCCCAUCAUGGCGGAGAGGCUCGGCGAGGAAGGGCUGAUGGAGGAGCUAUGCAACGGCUUCCGCCUGCUCAUGGACCCCCGCCGCCGCCUCAUCACCUUCGACAGCCUCAAGCGCAACGCCGCGAGCUUAGGGCUCGGCGGACUUUCCGACGACGAGCUACGGGACAUGCUCCGGGAGGGCGACGUCGACGGCGACGGCGCGCUCAGCGAGCAGGAGUUCUGCGUCCUCAUGGUUCGGCUCAGUCCUCAAUUGAUGGCCCACGCCGCUGCCAGCGCCUUGGCCUUCUGACGACUAGUGCAUUGUGUCUUUCUUUCCCAAAAUUGCUACUUAUUUCAGUUAUGUAUGUUGUGCUAUGUAACUGAAAAUUGAAUCUGCAAAAUAAAAAUAGCCUGCUCUCUGUCAGAAUUAA